AUGGCGAAGUGUGUCCUCUCAUGGAACAUCAUUGACAUCGACAGCAGGGGAAAGUGCGGUAUGACACCAGCGAUGAUGGCAGCAGUGUCAGGGUGUAGAGAACUGCUCAUCCUGCUUUUGCUAGAAGGAGCUGAUACAUCGCUAAUGGACGAUCGUGGUAACACCGCGUUCCACUGGGCUUGUACAGUAGGAGAUGUUGAAGUGGUCCAACACUUCCUAUCGAUGGGCAAUGUCGACAUCGAUGGUCCUGGACAGGAUUCAUGGACACCGGUAAUGAUGGCUGUUAGGAAAGGACACAGAGGAGUGUUUUCUUUACUAGUGGAAAAAGGAUGUGAUAUGACGCUUGAUGCUGGUGGUGCAAGUAUCCUCCAUGCAGCCUGCACUGGGGGAGAUGAGGAGAUAGUGGAGUAUGUCUUGUUACAGGACAUUGUGGAUAUUAACAAAAGAGAAAAGACUGGGAGGACACCCGUGAUGAUGGCAGCCGAAAAGGGACACAGAAAAGUAUUUGAAGUCCUUUUGAGUAAAGGCAUCGACAUGAAACCAGAGGUUGAUGGCAAUAGUACCAUUCUUCACCUAGCCUGUGUUGGAGGAGACGUGGGGAUUGUAAGCUCUAUCCUUUCACUUGGCACUGUUGACAUCAACGGGAAGGGAAUGUAUGGGAGGACGCCUGCGAUGAUUGCAGCCGAGUUUGGACACUGGCGAGUGUUUGACCUGCUUGUCAAAAGACAGUCUGAUAUUUCCAUCAACGAUCAUUUCGGCAACAGCUGCCUUCAUGUGGCCUGCCUUAGAGGCCGCGUGGAAAUGGUCAAUUAUUUGCUCUUUCAUCAACUUUGUGAGAUUAAGGCAAUCAAUAAUCAAAGUUCAACACCAGCGAUGAUGGCAGCUGCAGGACGACACAUGUCGGUGUUUCAUAUUCUUACAUCAUAUGGCAUCCUAAGCAAUGUAUUGUUUACCCAGUGA